GCUCCUCAGCCCCUCCCUUCUGCGGGCCGCCCUUUCACCCUGGCAACCGCGGCGCGACGACGGCGCGCGCGGGCUGGGCGCGGACGGGUGGGGCCGGGCGGUGCCGGUGCGGACUGGGGCAGUGGAGUGAGUAGCGGUCUUGGGGUGUGCGAUCUCGCUGAGCGUCCUCCCACGGUUCGUCGUCUCGGGUUCGAGCCUAGUGGGCUUAGCCACUCGCCAUGGACUCCCAGAAAGAAGCUCUACAGAGGAUCAUUUCAACUCUGGCAAAUAAAAAUGAUGAAAUUCAGAACUUUGUUGAUACGUUACAUCAUACACUAAAAGGAGUUCAGGAAAAUUCGUCCAACAUACUCUCAGAGUUAGACGAAGAAUUUGAUAGUUUAUACUCUAUACUGGAUGAAGUAAAAGAAAGUAUGAUUAACUGUAUUAAGCAGGAACAAGCUCGUAAAUCCCAAGAGUUACAGAGUCAGAUUAGUCAAUGUAAUAACGCCCUGGAGAACUCUGAAGAACUAUUAGAAUUUGCAACAAGGUCAUUAGAUAUAAAGGAACCUGAAGAAUUUUCAAAGGCUGCCAGACAGAUCAAGGAUAGAGUCACAAUGGCUUCAGCCUUUCGCCUUUCUUUGAAACCAAAGGUCAGUGACAACAUGACUCAUUUAAUGGUGGAUUUCUCACAGGAAAGACAGAUGCUGCAAACUUUGAAGUUUUUGCCAGUCCCCAAAGCUCCAGAGAUAGAUCCAGUAGAGUGUUUGGUGGCAGAUAACUCUGUAACAGUAGCUUGGAGAAUGCCAGAAGAAGAUAAUAAGAUUGACCAUUUUGUACUGGAACAUAGGAAGACUAAUUUUGAUGGACUUCCACGUGUAAAGGAUGAGCGAUGCUGGGAGAUAAUUGAUAAUAUUAAGGGUACUGAAUAUACACUAUCAGGCUUAAAAUUUGAUUCAAAGUAUAUGAAUUUCAGAGUGCGAGCUUGUAACAAGGCUGUGGCUGGAGAGUAUUCUGAUCCAGUGACUCUAGAGACCAAAGCACUUAACUUCAAUUUGGAUAACUCCUCAUCCCAUUUGAACCUGAAAGUUGAAGAUACAUGUGUAGAGUGGGAUCCCACUGGAGGAAAAGGUCAAGAAAGUAAAAUUAAAGGAAAAGAGAACAAGGGCAGUGUCCAUGUUACUUCACUGAAGAAACAUACAAGAAGUGGUACACCAUCCCCAAAACGAACAUCUGUAGGCUCCAGGCCACCAGCAGUAAGAGGCAGUAGAGAUCGUUUUACUGGAGAAUCAUACACGGUGCUGGGAGACACUGCUAUUGAAAGUGGACAACAUUAUUGGGAGGUCAAGGCCCAGAAGGAUUGUAAAUCCUACAGUGUGGGAGUAGCAUACAAAACGUUGGGGAAAUUUGACCAGUUGGGAAAGACAAACACUAGUUGGUGUAUCCAUGUCAACAACUGGCUACAAAACACAUUUGCAGCAAAGCAUAAUAAUAAAGUCAAAGCUUUGGAUGUUACUGUUCCUGAAAAAAUAGGUGUAUUUUGUGAUUUCGAUGGGGGUCAACUUUCAUUCUAUGAUGCAAAUUCUAAACAGUUGCUAUAUUCCUUUAAGACAAAAUUUACUCAGCCAGUAUUACCUGGUUUCAUGGUAUGGUGUGGUGGACUUUCUUUGAGUACUGGGAUGCAGGUUCCAAGUGCUGUGAGAACACUUCAGAAAAGUGAAAAUGGAAUGACUGGUUCAGCUAGCAGCCUGAACAAUGUUGUUACUCAAUAGUGUCCACCCAGAAUACGUUUACCCUCCGUCUUGAUUGGGUGGCUUUUUCUGUGCAGUUACUAAUCACAGGAAUUUGUGAGUAGUGAAAAUCAGGUUUGCUGUGUUCUGCUUUGAGGCCUGGAAUCUGUUAUCAUUAAACACCUAGUACGAAGCAUUUGCAGGAACCUACUGUGCAGUAUCAUAGAAGCAAGCAGAUACCAAGCAAAAAACUGAUGAUUGAAGAGUAAAUGGGGGAAAAGGCAGUGUUUAAUUAACAUAAAAGCUGAUUUUUAUAUUUCUUGGAUUACUUUGACUCUUCUAAUGUUUAAUUACAUAUGGUAACCCUAAGGCCUGGGGAGAAAAGCUUUUAAAUCUUGCCUUCUUUCUUCUGUACUUUGUCUUUUUAAAAUCUCAUUACUAUCUAUUAUUUAGUUCUAACACAGAAGCUUUAAAAAUACAUAGUCAUCUAAGGUUUUCUAAAAAUUGAAAUCAUAUGUUGGGAAUGGUAAAAAGGUUUUCAAAUGGUUUAUUUUUCCUCUUUUAUAAAUAAGUUUUACAAAAUUAUCCUCUUUUGUUUAUUGACUAGAUUGUAUAUAAUUUUCUUUUUUCCAAAAUAUUGUGAUAAGAAAUUUCUAGACACAACACCUUAAAAUCACCCAAAUUUUCAGUUUUUUACCUACUGCACUAACAAUGGCAAGGGGGGUAUUCUUUAUAUGUUGCCUUGUUUAACUACAGUUCUUUUCAUUCCAUCACUUUAGGUGAUGGGUAAGAUUUUUAAAAGCCUUAUAUUUUUUGAUUUUGUUGUCUAGUUUAAUCCUACCUUUAGUAGUUGUGUUUGGUAAAAUUCCCACUUGAAUGUGGCACUGAUAAUAAUUAUGCUGAUUUUUAACAUCUCUUAUAGGAAUGAAAGUUUGUUAAAGUUACAUAGAGGAUUGAAAAACGUGUAUCACUCAAUUUUUAUCUAAGAAGGAUAGGUUAUAAAGAGAGGUACCUAAAUACUCAAAUAAUGUAUAUAUUCUUUUUCAUAACAUAUGGAAUGCUUUAAGGAAUUGUUUUGAAAAAAAUCUGCGUAUCUUUGACUUAAUUGGCACAUGAGUUUUUCAAGCAGCCAUUCAUUCAGAGGUUUGUUUUCUCUCAGUCCUUUUGCUACAUUCACUUUCUUUUCAAAGAAAUGUUAAUUAUUACAAAAAUUGACAUAGAUAUCUUUCCCAAACUUAGAGUAAAACCCAUGGUUAAGUGGAACAUAACUAUUCUUAAAAAGUCAAUUAUAAUUUGUAACUCACGUCCUUUGAGCUAAACUAAGUUAAAAUUACAGUAUUUAAUAAUUCUUUGGGCAUUUUUAAGAGGUCUGAAUUUGUAUUUUUCUUAAUUUUUGAAACUUUUCAUUUCUCUUGUUGACUUUUUUUCAUUCUCAUUUAAAAUAUAUUGUGCUAUGAUAACCAACCUUCUUCCAAGGAGUGACCAUUACUGCCUGCAUUUGAGUUGCUUUCUGCAUACAGACUUGUGUAAUAGUAUUAAUAGUAGCUCAUUCUCUCUAAAAAUUUACUGUUUACUGAUAGGAUGUUUUGUUCCCUUGAUAAAACAAAUGUAAAUGAGGAAUUUUAUUUGAAUUGGAAUAUUGUUUUUCCAGAGGACAUUCAUAUCUGCACUAUUAUCUGAUGACAUGUUGGUAAUUUUAAAGACUGCAAGGCAGUUUAGAGAAUGAAGUAAACCAAUAGAUACUCUUUUGAUUCUCCAAAGAAUUAUAAUUUUGGUUUUUGUUCCUCAGAGAGAAUUUGAAAGAAAUUUUCAGAUGUUCUGUUCCCUAUAGAGGUCCUAUUCCAGGAUCUAAAUAAAUGGCAAUUUAUAAUUCCCUUCAUAGACUCAAACCUGAAAGCAGAAAUUUUUAGUAGUUGAGUUGCUUUAAGUGAAUUUUAGCAAAUAUGACACAGAAAAGGUCAGAUGCUGUUGUAUAAAAUUUUUUACUACGGUGUCUUAUAUAAUUCUUUCUUCUCAUUAAUUCAGUGCCUUUUUCCUCUAAGCAUACUCUUGGUCCAUGCCCCAUGCAGUGUCAACUGAUGUUUAAGCUACAGAGCAUUGUUAUAGUGGUGAGGGCCCUCUGUUGCAGGGGCAUGGGGAAAUGCAUAUAUCAAUCAGGGGCUGGAGGAGUGUACAUGAUUCUUGUGUUCAUGUUGUCAUUUGAAACUCUUCACAUAAAAUUUUCUAAUAUUCAUUUGGAAAACCUCUCCACUGGAGAGGUUUCAUCUCUGAGAGGUUUUGUAGUAAUAGUGUAAGUUCAGUAAACCCACAGUCCAAAUUCUCAUCACAUGUAUUACUUGAUAUUAAAUUUUCAAUUAUUACUUCAAAAUAAGAAUCUGAGGAUUUCUUCUUACUGGCCUUCUUAAAGGUCUCUAAAACUAAAGAACAAGAUGUGGUUUUUUGUUUAAGAUGUUUUUAGUUUAUUUGUUGUUAAGUUAAACUGGAGAAAGUUUGUCAUCCUCAUUUUCAAACUGAAAACUAAUCAGAUAUAGUGCCUAUUUAGUCUCAAAAUAAGGUAACUAUUAACGUGAUUAUACUAUAUAAUAUUCUCAGUUACAUUUGAAUUUAAAAAUAUUGAGCUCUUGCUCAAUUUAAUACAUUGUAAAAAGUAUUAAAUCCUUUGAAACAUCUUUUGUUGCUUAUUUAGUUUUUGUUUCCACAGGUCAAACAUGAUUGCUUUCUAUAAAAGAAAUGCUUGAGAGGUUGACUAUAAUGGAUAUAUCACAGGUGUAAAACAGUUGUUUUAUAAAAACGUGCAUUUAGUAUGGCAUUCUCUUUUAGCAACUGAAUUCCAUACCAGUUUUAUUAAGCUGGAUAUAGAAAUGAAGGAGCUGCCUUAAGCACUUUAGAAAAAGAAUUUUUUUACAAUUCAUUUUGACUCUCAUGGCUGACCAUGUCAUUAUGUCUUUAAAUUUUGGUGAAUAUGUAGAUACCAACCAUUAAUAACUAAUGCACACAGAAAUUUAAUAUACAGCAAUUCUUUGAAUGUUCCAGGUGUAGGUAAACUAACUGAAAGUAUUAAGGACAUACCUGUCUAUACAUGAGUUUCAUUGAUGGUAUCUGUAUCAUCUUGACAAAUCGUGAACUGCUGCUGUACAGCUAGACUUUGCCUAUUUACUCCGUUCUGCAAACAGUAAUUUUUCCCUGUGUUAUGAAAAGAGACAUAUUGGCUUGCUUUAAUUUACUUAUUUAUGAAAUUAAAGCAUGAAUAAUAUGUAUAAUUUGAUUUUUUUGUGGCUGAUCCUUGGCAGUAUAAAUGAUAAAUGUAAACGUAAUGGAAUCUUUUAAUUAGGCUAAGAUAUGCUAUUUCAUAACUUAUGUAGGAUGAUUAAUUUUUAUCUAUAUACUUUGUCCAUAAAAUUAUAAUUGUUUAUGUAAUUUUAUUGUUUCUUAUGGAAACAAUUGGAAAAGUAUACGGAAAAUGAUUAUUUCAAAGAAUAUUUAUUUAAAGAGGAAAGUGUAGACUUCUUACUAUAAAAUAUGUGAUUCCAGGCUUAAGAAAUUGAUUAUAUUUUAAAAUAAUUAUUUUUUUAAAAACAUAAUUUGUUUUUAAAAGAUCAGUCUCCAUUCAUUGGCUAAUUCAUACAGCAAAUAUUUGAGUGUUUGUGAUAUGGCAGUAAAAAUGUGAUUACUUUGUAUGUACAUUAACCAAAACCAGUGAAGUUUGACGGACUGUGCAUAUAGUUUUGCAGCUUUUGAGUAGUGUGACAGAGUUUGCCUCUUAAAAAUGUUUUGCUAAUAAGUCAGAAGUUUAAAAUGUGUUAUAGUUUGCUAAAAAAAAAUCAAAUUAACUGCAUAUAAAAUGGUUCACUUUUAUAUAGUCACAUGUAAUGGGUCUGAAAAAGUUUCUUCUUUGAUUAUGUAGUUACUCUAGAUACAUUCUUUUAGGGAAGUGUAUGGUCAACAUAUAUUUACUCGGUAUACAGAUAACCACAAAGUUGUUAUUUUUAACCAAAAUAUACAUUUCAUAAUGUUGGCACUGGAGUAUUAUAAGAGAUCAUGAAUGUUUCCUUAAUUAUCAUGGCAAGAUUACCUCACGUUCGGUAUAGUUUAGUUUUGUGUGUAUCUUACAGUAUGCAUGUUCUGAAAUUAUUUGUGAUCCUGAUAUGUCACAUAUAAUAGCUUUGUUACCUGGAGUAUUUGAUUAACCUAAACAGUUUAAGCAUUUCGAAUUAGUUGGAGUUUAAAUGGAUUACAUUUGGUGUAUAUUGUCUUCAUUGAAAAGAUAUUGUUGGAUAUGCCACAUCAAAGUUAGCACUGACUUAUAAAUAAAUACCAGAAUUUGCCA